AUGGGGCACUCUCAGGUGGCUGUCCAGGCCAACGCUGACCCCGAGCAUAGCACUGACCAGCCCGUGCAAAAAUCACUGCCGCGAGUAACGAGAUGGUACCGCAGCGCUCUUUUUAAUGUGAUUAUCGUUGGGUUAAUUUCAUUCACACAGCCUGGCAUCUGGAAUGCCCUGAAUAAUACCGGAGCUGGUGGACAGCAGAAGCCCUACCUGGUCAACGGCGCCAACAGUCUCACGUUUGGAAUUAUGGUCUUUGGAUGUCCGUUGUUUGCUAUCCUUGCCAAUCGCUACGGCCUGCGACGAGUUCUCAUCCUUGGAACCCUGGGGUAUGCCCCCUAUUCGGCAUCUCUAUAUGUCAACAACAGAUACGGCACCGAAUGGUUCGUUCUCUUCGGUGGCGCAACCUGUGGGAUUGCAGCGUCUGCUUUAUGGUCGUCGGAAGGCGCCAUAGCUCUGGGAUACGGCGGUGUUGCAGAGCGAGGAAAAUAUACUGGAAUCUGGCUCGGACUUCGAGAACUAGGCCAACUCAUCGGCUCUUCAAUCCAGCUAUCCAUCAACGUUAAGGAAGGAGAGCGCGGUAAGGUCGACUACUCGACCUACCUUGUGCUCAUCGCGCUGCAAUGCCUAGGCCUCCCUCUCGCCUUUCUCAUCUCGCAUCCCUCCAAAGUCAUCCGCGCCGACGGCUCAGGAAUCCCUGAUCCCACCAAACAAAAAGCGGUUCUAGGCGAAUUUAAGAAGCUCUGGGCGCAGCUAAAGAAGAAGCAUAUCCUUCUCCUAAUUCCCAUCCUUGUCGGAUUCAACUGGAACAAUACGUACCAGGGCAUCUACCUGACGAACUAUUUCAGCGUGCGGGCACGGACACUGGGCUCACUCACAUCGGCAGUUGCAGCGACUGCAGCAAACAUGUUCUGGGGAUGGUUCUUUGAUCUUAAGUACUUCAGUCGGCCGCAGCUGGCUAGGAUUACCUGGUUUUCGUUUGCAGUGGUUAUGCUCGCCCUCUUUGCGUGGCAAGUAGCCAACGAGAAACUAUACGAAGACACCCAACCAACAAUCGAUUGGGAACAGCCUAACUUUGGACGCGGGUUCGCAGUGAACGUGCUCUUUCGAUUUAUGAACGAGUCGCAUUACAUGUUCGUCUAUUGGAUACUGGGCGUGUUCAACGAUGAUCUGGAGACACUGACCCUUACUGUUGGAAUUGUGCGGUGUUUUGAGAGCGUUGGGUCUUGCUUGUCGUUUGGAAUUGGGGCAGCGCAAAUCUCGCCCAUGGUGAACUUGAUUGUUGCCUUUGUCAUGUUUGUGGUUUGUAUUCCCACCACGUCGUGGGUGGUGUUUAUGGUGCCGGAGCAUCCUGAGGCGGCUCCAGAGGAUGAGAACUCCCAGAGGGCGGAUUCAUCUGUGCAGUCGGACGUGGACCAGAAAUAA